AUGUGCAUCGACUGGAACGCGUGCAUCGCCGCAAUGGGCGGCGAGAAACACGGCGGUGAGAUUCGACCCGGCGCUGUCGCCGACGCGGCUGCAUCUCCAGCCAUGGGGUCUGAGGCUUCGGCAGCAGCAGAACAAGAUAGCUCCAAGCUACUAUCCUCACAUGCAGAGAAGGCGGAUAGUGGUACUAAUGGUGCUAAGACGAACUCAUCGCGUUCAAUGCAAGAAGCGGACGGAAAUAUAGCGCUCGCGAUAAUAGAGGAGGGCUUUGCUCUUGCGGGGACAUUCAAUAUCGCGGAUUUUGUGCCGUGGCUGAGCUACCUCGACCCGCAGCACAUAUACGCGCGCACGAAGCGCCUCGUGCCGCAACAGCACGGGUUGAUGCGCGCUUGCAUCGCGGAGCGACGCCAUCUCCUGCUAAAAACGCGGUCAGGGGGACGCGAAAAGCCGGAGGACUCGGCCCUUGUAGAUGCUCUGUUCGAGAUUGAAGGGGAGGGGGAGGAUAAAGUGGAUAAAGACGAGAUGCUGCUGCUCGCGAUUGAUAUGAUGAUGGCGGGCACUGAUACCACCGCCAAGACCGUGGAAUGGGCGCUUGCUGAGCUGGCACAGCACCCUGACAUGCUGGAAAGGCUCCGUGCUGAGGUGGAUGCGGCGUAUUCCAGCGUAACUCUAGGUGGGUACCACAUCCCUCCCAACACCAUGAUCCAGAUCAAUGGCUGGGAUCUCGCGCACGAUCCAACGGUCUGGAUCAACCCGCACAAAUUUGACCCCUCCCGGUUCCUUGACCCUGCUGCCCCUGGCAUGACCGGGCAAAAUUUCAGCCUGCUGCCCUUUGGUUCGGGCAGGCGCGGGUGCCUUGGGACGAAUAUGGGAUUGGACCUCUCUGCCCGCCUGCUGGCGAAUUUUGUUCUGCGGUUUGAUUUUGAGCUGCCCGGAGAUGUUAAGGCAGCUGGAGGAGUGGACAUGACGGAAACUUUUGGGCUGACCAUGGCUCUGGCAAAGCCACUCAGGCUUGUGGUGAGGGAGAGAAAGGCAGUGGUGGGGGCUGUUGGGAGGGCGGCAGUGGGGUCUACAGUGGUGACUGCAGGAGCUGGGUGCAGGGGAGUUUCAGUGGGUGCAGUGGGAGUUCCAGUGGGUGCAGAGGACUUCCAGCGGGUGCAGUGGGAGUUCCAGUGGGAGUAG